AUGAUAUUUCAGUUUGUAUUCCCUGACAGAGAUCUGUGCACUCCAUUUGCUUGUGAUUAUGCCCACCGAGCCAUGGACGGUAACUUAUUGGCCGUUGGCGAUGAAGAAGGUCGGGUCUCGCUCAUCAGAACGGACAAAUCCAACGAACGACCCAACCUGGCAUUCCAUCAGUCAUUCUAUUGCCAUCGACAUGUCGUGACAGAUGUUAAGUGGAGUCGUGACGAUUCCAUGCUGUUAACAGUCGCAAAUGAUAGACUAGCAAGACUGUGGGAUACACAAACUUGUAGUAUAUUGGCUGAAUUCCAUGGACACCAAGACUUUGUAAAGUCAGUGAAUUGGCACCCUAUUGAUCAACAUGUUUUUGUCACUACUGCUAAAGAUGGGUCUUUUAGAGUGUGGGAUACCCGGUACAAUAGAAAGAUAUCAGAAACGACUGAUGAUGCCAGCAAACUCAUUCAAUAUGAGCCGGUGAAAGUAGUUGAAAAUGCACAUAUACCUAAAGACAAAAAACCAACCAAAAAAAAUGAAAAAUCAUCCCAUAUCCGUUCAGUCACAAGUGCAUUGUUCUUGCCUUAUGACACGCAAAAAGUCAUUUCAAGUGGAUGCACGGAUGGUACCAUCAAAUUAUGGGAUAUCCGAUUCGGACGAACAGCGAGUGUACUAGAAUCAGCGACAUUUAUCAGUCCUAGUGGGAAAUUAAUAGGCAUUACGGAUAUGAAGUUGGACAAAGCUGGUACUCGACUAUUCUGUUCUUGCAUGGAUAGCAAUAUUAAUAUGUUUUACAUCAACAAUUUGAAAGAGCCAGCCAGGCAAUUUUCGGACCCAAACUUCAGAGUCGGUAGCUUUGACGUCAGGAUUUCUUUAUCGCCAGAUGAAGAGUAUCUACUGUCAGGUUCAAUAGAUAGUAGUGCUUACGUGUGGCAAACAGAGCAUUGCAAAGAGAAACCAUACGUGUAUGAAGGUCAUCAAGACAAAGUAACGAGUGUUUGUUGGAAUAAGCGCACUGUUGACCAGUUUGCAACUUGUUCUGAGGAUUUCACAACAAGAAUUUGGAAAAUGGAAAUAGAAUAG